AUGCGAGUGUUGUGUUUUAAACACUCCUUCUUUGGGAGCCUUCUUGAGUCCAAUGGACUACCCCAGACUCUAUUAGUCUUCCUUUUGAUUCGAUGUUGCUUGACUGUGGAUUUUAGGGCACCCCCACUUAUCCCUAAUGUGCCUUUCCUCUGUGCCUGGAAUGCCCCAACUGAGUCUUGUGCUACGAGGUUUAAUCAGCCACUAGAUCUUAGUCUGUUCUCUUUAGUAGGGAGCCCCAGAAAAACUGCCAUAGGUCAUCCUGUCACAAUAUUUUAUUCUGAUCGUCUGGGUCUCUAUCCUCACAUAGAUGAAAUGCACACAGCUUUUCAUGGAGGUAUACCCCAGCUGGGGUCUCUAAAGUCUCAUUUGGAAAUAGCUAAGAGUGACAUCUAUCAUUACAUGCCAAUAGACAAUGUGGGCUUGGCUGUCAUUGACUGGGAAGACUGGCGGCCUACCUGGUCAAGAAACUGGAAAUUCAAGGAUAUUUACAGGAAUAAGUCUAUUGAGUUCGUCCAGCAACAAAACACACAACUUAAUUUGACAGAAGCUGUCAGGAGAGCUAAACAAGAAUUUGAAGAGGCAGCAAGGAAUUUUAUGGAACAGACUUUAAAAUUGGGAAAAUCACUUCGUCCAAAUCACUUAUGGGGUUUUUAUCUUUUUCCUGAUUGUUAUAACAAUAAUUUUCAAGAUGCCAAUUACAAAGGAGAGUGCCCUGAUAUAGAAAAGAAAAGGAAUGAUGCUCUCUUCUGGAUAUGGAAGGAAAGCACAGCCCUGUACCCAUCCAUCUAUUUGAAGAGCAGCUUAAAGUCAUCCUCACUGGCAGCACUCUACGUCAGAAAUCGCGUACAAGAAGCCAUUCGCAUGUCUAAAGUAAAAGACCCUCAUAAUCCACUUCCUAUUUUUGUAUAUUUCCGCCCUGUCUUUACUGACCUAACUUUCCAGUAUCUGGAACAGGAUGACCUUGUGAAUACAAUUGGUGAAACAGUUGCUCUGGGUGCCUCUGGAAUAGUAUUGUGGGGAACUCUUAAUUUAUCACAAACUAUGAAAUCUUGUAUGAACUUACAUGAUUAUUUGAAGACCACCCUGAAUCCUUAUAUAAUCAAUGUCACCCUUGCAGCCAAAAUGUGUAGCCAAACACUUUGCCAGAAUCAAGGCAUAUGUUCGAGGAAAGAUUGGAAUUCGAAUGACUAUCUACACUUGAGCCCUCGGAAUUUUCAGAUUCAUUUUAUAAAACAUGGAAAGUAUGAAAUCAUUGGCAGUCCCACUCUUGAUGAUCUGCAGUAUUUUUCCAAAAACUUCCGUUGCAGCUGUUUCUCCAACUUGGACUGUAAGGAGAGAGUUGACAUAAACCAUGUGAGCAGGGUCAAUGUGUGUACUCUUGAAGACAUUUGCAUUAAUUCCCUUGUAAUUUCAGACCGUAGUAGCUACAUGACAACUGGGAUCACCCUUAUUUUGCUAAUGACAAACAGUCAGGUAUUACAUCAUCUGCCACAGUGA